CUGCCAUCAACAAUCAGAUUCGCAACAUACCGUGCGCCUGGAUGGAGGCAGCAACAGCUGCUCAGGGAGAGUGGAGAUCAUGUGCAAUGAACGCUGGGGCACAUUGUGCAGGGAUUCCUGGGAUAUAACUGAUGCCAAUGUUGUCUGCAGACAGCUGAGAUGUGGCUUCGCUCUAUCGGCCCAAGGAAGGCGCGCUGUCUCCCGGGGUAAAGGUGUGAUCUGGCAGAAUGAUGUGAAGUGCAAGGGAAGUGAAUCCUCUCUUGCCGAGUGUCUCUCCCCAGCACCAGCACAAAGGGAAUGUAAUCACAAGGAAAUUGCCAGUGUGACCUGUUCUGGAUCCUCUUUGAUGCCGACUUCUCCUUCACCUCCACCUGCGGGACUGGAAAGUGAAUCCAUUUCCAUACCUGUUGUCGUCUGCUUAACGUUAGGAGCUCUGUUAAUCCUUGACUUGAUCGCACUACUCGUGGUAAUGUGGAGAAAAUUGCAAAUGAAAGAUCUUUGCACUGGUGACAGAGGCUCAAGUCUUGGUUUGUACCAAGGAAUUUAUGAAGAAAUUGAGAAUAUGCCCUCUGGCAAGAAGACGGAUCAGGAACAUGGACCAGAACACAAGGAGAUACGGCUGGUGAAUGGAAAACAUCGCUGUGAAGGGAGAGUGGAAGUGUUCUACAAUGAGACCUGGGGAACAGUGUGCUCGGAAAGUCUGGACAACCACGAUGCAGCAGUGAUUUGUAAGCAGUUGCACUGCGGUGCCCUCCAGUCCAUUGAUCAUGACGCUCAGGUAUUUGGAGCAGGAACAGGACCUAUUUGGCUUGAUGAGAUAGAAUGUAUCUCAGACGAUCCAACCCUAUGGCAAUGUCAGAGAAAUCCGUGGGGUCAACACAACUGUGAGCACAGGGAAGAUGCCGGUGUUGUUUGUUCAGAGAGCGAUGUGACGAAGGACCAGCUCCUCAAAUCAAAUUCCUGCCAUCAACAAUCAGAUUCGCAACAUACCGUGCGCCUGGAUGGAGGCAGCAACAGCUGUUCAGGGAGAGUGGAGAUCAUGUGCAAUGAACGCUGGGGCACAUUGUGUAGGGAUUCCUGGGAUAUAACUGAUGCCAAUGUUGUCUGCAGACAGCUGAGAUGUGGCUUCGCUCUAUCGGCCCAAGGAGGGCCCGCUGUCUCCCGGGGUAAAGGUGUGAUCUGGCAGAAUGAUGUGAAGUGCAAGGGAAGUGAAUCCUCUCUUGUCGAGUGUCUCUCCCCAGCACCAGCACAAAGGGAAUGUAAUCACAAGGAAAUUGCCAGUGUGACCUGUUCUGGAUCGUAUUUGAUGCCGACUUCCCCUUCACCUCCACCUGCGGGACAGGAAAGUGAAUCCAUUUCCAUACCUGUUGUCGUCUGCUUAACGUUAGGAGCUCUGUUAAUCCUUGACUUGAUCGCACUACUCGUGGUAAUAUGGAGAAAAUUGCAAAUGAAAGAUCUUUGCACUGGUGACAGAGGCUCAAGUCUUGGUUUGUACCAAGGAAUUUAUGAAGAAAUUGAGAAUAUUCCCUCUGGCAAGAAGACGGAUCAGAAACAUGGACCAGACAAUGAGACCUGGGGAACAGUGUGCUCUGAAAGUCUGGAUGACAACGAUGCGGAAGUGAUUUGUAAACAAUUGCACUGCGGUGCCCUCCAGUCCGUUGAUCAUGACGCUCAGGUAUUUGGAGCAGGAACAGGACCUAUUUGGCUUGAUGAGAUAGAAUGUCUGUCAGACGAUCCAACCCUAUGGCAAUGUCGGAGAAAUCCGUGGGGUCAACACAACUGUGAGCACAGGGAAGAUGCCGGUGUUGUUUGUUCAGAGAGCGAUGUGACGAAGGACCAGUUCCUCAAAUCAAAUUCCUGCCAUCAACAAUCAGAUUCGCAACAUACCGUGCGCCUGGAUGGAGGCAGCAACAGCUGUUCAGGGAGAGUGGAGAUCAUGUGCAAUGAACGCUGGGGCACAUUGUGUAGGGAUUCCUGGGAUAUAACUGAUGCCAAUGUUGUCUGCAGACAGCUGAGAUGUGGCUUCGCUCUGUCGGCCCAAGGAGGGCCCGCUGUCUCCCGGGGUAAAGGUGUGAUCUGGCAGAAUGAUGUGAAGUGCAAGGGAAGUGAAUCCUCUCUUGCCGAGUGUCUCUCCCCAGCACCAGCACAAAGGGAAUGUAAUCACAAGGAAAUUGCCAGUGUGACCUGUUCUGGAUCCUCUUUGAUGCCGACUUCCCCUUCACCUCCACCUGCGGGACUGGAAAGUGAAUCCAUUUCCAUACCUGUUGUCGUCUGCUUAACGUUAGGAGCUCUGUUAAUCCUUGACUUGAUCGCACUACUAGUGGUAAUGUGGAGAAAAUUGCAAAUGAAAG